AUGGAAGAGAGAUAUCGGAGAAAGUCAGAACACUCCUCGCAGCAUCCAACAUCUCCCGGCAUCCAGCAUUCAGCAUCUCCCAGCAUCCAGCAUCUCGCAGCAUCCAGCAUCUCGCAGCAUCCAGCAUCUCGCAGUAUCCAGCAUCUCGCAGCAUCCAGCACCUCGCAGCAUCCAGCAUCCAGCAUUCGCGCAUCCAGCAUCCAUCCAGCAUCUCGCAGCAUCCAGCAUCUCGCAGCAUCCAAGCAUCUCCCAGCAUCUCGCAGCAUCCUCGCACAUCCCAGCAUCUUGCAUGCAUCCAGCAUCUCCGCAGCACCUCAGCAUCGCAAGCAUCCGCAUCUAGCAUUCCAGCAUCCAGCAUCCGGCAUCCAGCAUCUCAGCAGCAUUCCAGCAUCUCGCCAGCAUCGCAGCAUCAUCCCAGCAUCUCGCAGCAGCACUCGCAGCAAUCUCGGCAGCAUCGCAGCAUCUCGCAGCAUCCAGCAUCUCGCAGUCUCCCAGCAUCUCGCAGCAUCCAGACCAGCAUCCAGGCAUCUCCAGCAUCCAGCACCGUCGCAGCAUCCAGCACCUCGCAGCUCAGCAUCUCGCAGUAUCAGCAUCUCGCAGCAGCAGCAUUCUCGCAGCAGUCCAGCAGUCUCGGCAGCAUCCGCAUCUCGCAGCAUCCAGCACUCGCGCAUCAGCAUCUCCCAGCAUCCAGCAUCUCCAGCAUCCAGCAUCAGCAUCCACAAUCUCCCCAGCAUCCAGCAUCUCGCAGCAUCCAGCAUCUCGCAGCACUCGCAGCAUCAUUCGCAGCAUCCAGCAUCCAGCGAGCAUCGCAGCCAGCUCCAGCAUCUCGCAGCAUCCAGGCAUCUCGCCAUGGCAUCCAGCAUCUCGCAGCAUUCCAGCAUCCAGUUCCCUCGCAUCUAUCAGAGCAAUUCCGCAGCAUCCAGCAUCUCGCAGCAUCCAGCAUUCUCGCGGAUCCAGCAAUCUCGCAUCACACUCGCGCCAGCAUCUCAGCGCAUCCAGCAUCUCCCAGCAUCCAGCAUCUCCGGGCAUCUCGCGCAAUCCGCAUCUCGCAGCCAUCUCCAGCACAGCAUCUCCCAGCAUCCAGCAUCUCCCGGCAUCAGCAUCUUCGCAGCACCAGCAUCUCGCAGCAUCCAGCAUUCCGCCAGGCAUCCAGCAUCUCAGCAUCCAGCAUCCAGCAUUCCAGCAUGCUCGCAGCAUCUCGCAGCAUCCAGCAUCUCGCAGCAUCCAGCAUCUCGCAGCAUCCAGCAUCUCGCAGCAGGCAUCCAGCAUCUCCAGCAUCCAGCAAUCUCGCGCAGCAGUCCAGAUCUCGCAGCAUCCAGCAUCUCGGCUCCAGCAUUCCGCAUCCAGCAUCUCGCGGCAUCCAGCAUCUCGCGGCAUCCAGCAUCUCGCCAUCAGCAUCUCGCAGCCCAGGCGCAGCAUCCAGCAUCUCGCGGCAUCCAGGCAUCUCGCGGCAUCCAGCAGCAUCCAGCAUCUCGCCAGCAUCUCGCGCAUCCAGCAGCAUCAGCAGCAUCAGCAUCUCGUCCAGCGCAUCCAGCAUCUCGCAUUCGCGCAUCCAGCAUCUCGCGGCAUCCAGCAUCUCGCGGCAUCCAGCAUCUCGCGGCAUCCAGCAUCUCGCGGCAUCCAGCAUCAGCAUCCAGCAUCGCAUCCAGCAUCUCGCAGCAUCCAGCAUCUCGCAGCAUCCAGCAUCUCGCAGCAUCCAGCAUCUCGCGGCAUCCAGCAUCCAGCAUCUCGCAUGCUCAGCAGCAUCCAGCAUCUGCAGCAUCCAGCAUCUCGCAGCAUCCAGCAUCUCGCAGCAGCAUCCAGCAUAAGCAUCCAGGCAGCAUCCAGGCAUCUCGCAGCAGCAUCUCGCAGCAUCCAGCAUCCAGCAUCUCGCAGCAUCCAGCAUCUCGCAGCAUCCAGCAUCUCGCAGCAUGCAGCAUCACCCAGCAUCCAGCAUUGCAGCAUCCAGCAUCUCGCAGCAUGCAGCAUCCAGUCCAUCAAGGCAUCUCGCGCAUCUGCAGAUCCAGCAUCCGCGAAGGUGCUUGUUGA